UGGAGAUGUGGAGAGAGAGUGGCUUCCGCUAGGAAACGUCCCCUGCGUUUUGCCGCUCCGCUUCCACGAUCCGGAAGUGGUUCUUCGUGGGUCUCUGACACGUAGCUUCCAAGACAGCGGGAUAAAGGGGGGUGGAAGAGGGGUCGAUCCCGACGGUGUGAGGAGGCCAGGCAGGGGGUCGUUGCCUCGCCAGGGAGGGGGCUCAGAAGGAAGAUAGCAAUGUCUGGAUUUGAUAGUUUCAAUGCAGAUUUCUAUCAGACAAGUUACAGUAUUGAUGAUCAAGCACAAUCAUAUGGAGGAAAUGCUGGAGGAGGAGCAUACAGCAAGCAAUAUGGUGGCUAUGAGUAUUCUCAGCAAAGUGGAUAUGUCCCUCCAGAGAUGAUGCAACCUCAGCAGCCAUACACUGGUCAAAUUUUUCAGCCAGCACCAGCAUACACACCGUCUUCAUCACAGUCUUUCUAUGGAAGCAAUUUUGAAGAUGAGCCUCCAUUACUAGAAGAACUAGGAAUAAAUUUUGACCAUAUCUGGCAAAAGACUCUAACAGUACUGCACCCAUUAAAAGCUGCAGAUGGCAACAUCAUGAAUGAAACUGAUCUGGCAGGGCCUAUGGUCUUCUGCCUAGCCUUUGGAGCCACCUUAUUGUUGGCUGGAAAAAUUCAGUUUGGCUAUGUAUAUGGAAUUAGUGCAAUUGGGUGUUUAGGAAUGUUCUGUCUCCUGAAUUUAAUGAGUAUGACAGGUGUCUCAUUUGGUUGUGUUGCAAGUGUCCUAGGAUAUUGUCUUCUUCCUAUGAUCAUACUUUCAAGCUUUGCAGUUGUAUUUUCUCUACAGGGCAUGAUGGGAAUUAUUCUUGCUGCUGGAAUUAUUGGAUGGUGUAGUUUUUCAGCCUCCAAACUCUUCAUUUCAGCCUUAGCAAUGGAAGGACAACAACUUCUAGUAGCAUAUCCCUGUGCUUUAUUAUAUGGAGUCUUCGCCCUCAUUUCUGUGUUUUGAGCUGACUGUCUUAAUUAUUGGACUUAAAGGGGCCGAACUGAAAGCUUUUACUUGGGAUGCUUAAACUUGGGACCAGAAAUCAACUGUUGGGCCGCUAUCUUCCAAGAUUAAUGUUUGAAUUAUUAUCUGGAGCAACAAUUACAAAGUGGUCUUUCUGUGUUUUUUUUAUAGGAUUCUUGAAUACAUUUUUACAUUGACCUGUAAUAACUUCAGCUUUAAAACAGGCUCAUGAAUUACACUGUUUAAAAUGUAAUACUCUUUUCAGUCCUAUAACCUGCAAAAUAUUGCUUUUGAAAACUUUUGUAGUUCAGAAAUUUUUAUUGAUAAAAGAAAGUGAAAUCAUUAAUUUGUUUUCCCAUGGAAACAUACAACAAAUCUAAACAACAGAUACACAUUUCCCAUUUUUACCAAAUUAGCAAAAUUUAACAUUCGUCACAAUAAAAUUUAAUCUGAAAGCAAA